AUUUCGUGAAUAAAAAAUAAAAAAACAUAAGUACUUUGUUGGUUCUACCAAAAAUAAAAUAAAAUAAAAUAAAUUCUCCUUCAGCUUCCAUUUGGUGAAAGGGGCCGCUUUUUACUGAGUGAGAGGAGCUCAUACAUCAGUGGAAUUACCUCCGAUCUCUCGUAUCUCCUAUCUCACCUUCACCUUCUCUCUCUAAGUCGACGGCGCUUCUCAUCGGCUGACUUUCCCUCACCCGAUCCUCGACCACACCAACGGACCACGAUUUUUGAAGAAGUCCAUGGCUACACCUGGGAAUUCAAUGCUCUAUUCUUUUCUUCUGUUUAUUGUCAUUCUCUCGCUUCAAGAAAUGUAUAGAGGAAAAUUAGCAUCAACAGAGUUAUAUACCAUCCUUGGGGGGUUUACUAGCUCUCUGCUGUUCCUUUCUUUGCUGACGUUCAUUGGUAAUUUUCAGGAAACUUGUGGUGCAAAGACCGGCUGGGGUGCUGUAAUUAUAGCUGAACUCGUUGCUCUUAUUGCUGCUGGCACUGUCCAUCGAGUUUGUAUAACAACAUGCUUCUUGUUUUCAGUUGGAUUACUGUACGAAAUUAACAAGCUUUCUGGGAUGGCUCUUUCCAAAGUUGAAUCCAAAGCAAAAAGGCACUGAAUGUGCAUUUUCUAUCUAGACUAAGUUCACUUGAAAAGUUACUAUUUGGAGAUUGAAUCAGAUGGUCGCCAAAAAUGUAACAAGAUUAGAAGAUGAUUACUAGUUUUAUUGAUUUAUAGAAAGCAGACUAAAGAAUUGACCUAUAUAUAUGUAAUCGAUUUCUCUAUCUCUUUGAACAGUUACAAAAAAAUAGUUAGUAACAUAUCAGAAAUUUUAAAGAGCUAUGUCAACUAGAUCCGAACUUUUUUAUAUAGCCGAUCUGGUGCUCGAA